CCAACUGAGGUCACUCUUGAAGUUUAUGAAGAGGCGUGUCAUUGUUUUCAAAGUCUUAUGCUGUCUGAAAAAAUUACUCAGUUGUCAAUAAAACGUUCUUGCGAUUUCAUUAAGAAUUGUACACUCAAUGAAAACACUCCAAAUAACGCAGAUCCAAAGGCUCUUAAUACUAUGGCAAUUACCCCCAAUUGUGAGGUUAAAGAGUUAGAUGAGAAAUUCCUUGAAUGUUUAAAGUGGGAGAAUAUUGGUGUCGUCCCAGAAUUAGAAUUUAAACUUGAUCAAAUGGAAUAG